AUGCUUGCCCAUCACACGGACAAUGUGCAGAGCGUCAAGUGGAACCUGGACAUGACGAUAAUCCUCACCAGCGCGUCGUUCGAUGGCAGCCUCGUCGUGCUGGACGGCCGCGCUGCAAGCAAGGAACUUCUGGUGUCCAUGGCCGAGCACGCCGCACGCCAAUCGAGCUUGGUCGUAAACUGA